AUGUAGUAGCUUGAAUAAGUUAAAUCUAAUUUAGAUAUGAACUGCCUAGAAGAAUAAUCAUUUGAUUUCGAAUAGUGUUAUGGACAAUAUAUUAUGCUUUAAACACCAUCUCAUUCUUUGCUUAGCUCAGAAAACUAAAAUUCUGAAGAUUAGUAACAAGAAGAAAAUAGAAAUCAAGAAUUAUUAUCUAAAAAGAUAGUAAAAAAAAGAGCUAAAAAAGUAUCAAAAUUCAUCCAGCAAAAGCUGAAAUAGAAAUUGCAAAUAAAUGAAAAGCUGGAUAUUUCUCUCUUCAAAAAUAUUUAACUUCAUAAGGAUAUAUUUUAUAUUUUCGGUGAUUAAAUUAUUGAACUAGAUUAUAAUUUGAAACCUUUUGAAGAUAGACCAAUAGACUUAAAUUAGAUUACGCAAUUUAAAAGUGUCAAAAUGGUGGAAAAAAUUAAAUAAAUUGAUACUAUCGAGCUAAAUUAUGAAAUGAGCUCAACAUAAAGAAGCUAAUUUCAAUUUGUCAUAGACAGGUUUUUAUAAAGUGAUCAAAGAGAUUUAUAUUAAUUCGGUUUAUGUUUACAGAAACUCUAAAAUUUAUCAGUUUGCUGCUAAAACGAUCUUAAUAAGCAUCAUUAAAUAUUAACAAAUCCACAAAACUGCUUUGCAAUGAUAGAAAAAUAAAAUCUAUUUUACUAAAAAAGCUAUGAAUGGAUUAAGUCAAAAACUGAUGAGAGUGAUUUUUUUACAUACACACUUUCUAAGCUAAACUAAGAGAAUAUGAUAUUCUAGACUAAUAAGACAGGUAUUAGCAAUUCAUUUAUUGCAUUGUUAGGAGGUGAUUUUGAUACCAUAUCUCAAGUUGCUCUUCGAAAAGGGGGAUUACAUUUCUUGAAUUCCAGAUCAAGGUUUUUAUAGGUUUUUGACUAAAUAUAAUACAUAAAUACGUUUUAAAACCCACAAAGAGAGCUAGAGUUUGAGCUCAUAACAUUCGACUAAAUAAUUGUACCUUGUAAAGCAACAGUAGAAUAUCUCUAUCUUCCAAUUUGUAGAGAUGAAAAUUGCUUUUACAGAAAAACAUACAAAAUCGAUUCAAUAUAUUGGAUGAAUUUUUAUUCUACUUGUAAGUUAAUAAAAUAUCACGUGAGUCCAAAUAUUAUAAUGUAGGUAAUUGAGACCAGAAAAAAAUUGAGUCAAGAGCAAAAGAUAUUAUAUGAAUCUUACUUUGAUGAUUUUGUAUACACCACUGAAAGGUUAUAUUUAAUAAUGUCUAUAAUUUGUACAGCUAUUUAUUAUUUUUUAUUGAACAAAAGCGAAAUAUUUUUAGAAAAAUACUAUCAAAAAGAAAAAGAUCGUCUGAAUAAAGAGAAAAAUAGCAAAUUACAGCAUUGUGGUUUCAUAACAAUAAAAAAUUGA